AUGCAACGUCUAUUUCCUCGAGGAGCUAUAGCGGCCGGCCUGCGAGGGGUCACCGUACCCCGUGCCGCCGUGCGCCGUUCGGUUCAAAGGCCUCUGGCGGCGCAGGCCUUGAGGAGCUUCUCGUGGACCGUGUCGAGGCGCGACGAGGAGAAGGAAGAAAAGGAGAAGAAGGAAGAGAGGAAAUGGUCUACGCCGCUGGCAAAACAGUUGGCCGAGGCCAUCUCGAUGACAGGCCCCGUUCCCCUUGCAAGCUACAUGCGCAUGUGUCUAACGGGCGAUAUCGACGGUUACUACACGGGUCUGGCCGAGGAGAACAGAGACCAGUUCGGUUUGAAGGGCGACUUUGUCACGUCGCCCGAGAUAUCCCAGAUUUUCGGCGAGCUGAUUGGCAUCUGGUUUGUCGCGGAGUGGCUAAGCCAGGGCAAACCUAAGAAGGGGGUCGAGCUCAUUGAGGUCGGCCCCGGACGCGGCACUCUGAUGGAUGAUAUGCUUCGUACAAUCCAGAACUUCAAGGACCUGGCGCAGAGUAUCGACGCCAUUUACAUGGUUGAGGCGAGCCCUCAGCUCCGCGAGGCGCAGAAGAACCUCCUCUGUGGUCCAGAUGCGCCCAUGACCGAGUCCAAGGUCGGCUACCACAGCGUUUGCAAGUACACGAACCUGCCAAUAGUCUGGACGGAAACCAUUAAAUCCAUCCCGCAAAGCCCCGAGAAGAUGCCCUUCAUUGUGGCACACGAGUUCUUCGACGCCCUCCCCAUCCACGCCUUCCAGGCCGUGACCGUCCCACCCUCACCACCCAAGGAGCCAGCACCGGGCUCUCCUGUUCCUACCAGAUCCUUGCACCCUCGUGAGCCCGAGGGGCCCAAGGUCGAGUGGCGUGAGAUGCUCGUCUCCCCCACCCCGCCAGACGCAACCCACGCGACCAUGAAGAUCCCCAAAUCCGAACAGGGCGAUCCGAUCCCCGACUUCCAGAUGACGCUCUCAUCGGGCCCCACCCGCCACUCGCGGUACCUCCCCGAGACGUCGUCCCGCUACCGCCGCCUCAAGGCCUCGGUCCCGGACGCCGUGGCCGAAAUCUGCCCAGACGCCUCGCUCUACGCCACCGACUUUGCCAGCCGCAUCGGCGGCUCCAAGCAGCACCCCAAGCCCCGACCCACGGGCGCCGCGCUGAUCCUCGACUACGGCACCUCCGACACCGUCCCCAUCAACUCGCUGCGUGGCAUCCGCCGCCACCGCCGCGUCAGCCCCUUUUCCGAGCCGGGCCUCGUGGACCUGAGCGCCGACGUCGACUUCACCGCCAUCGCCGAGGCUGCCACGCGCGCGAGCGAGGGCGUCGAGGUUCACGGCCCCGUCGACCAGGGUGCGUUCCUGGGCCAGAUGGGCAUCAAGGAGCGCGCCGAGGUGCUCAUCAAGCAGGUCAAGCGGAACGCACAGCUCGACAAGGCAAAGGACAUCGAGAGGGCCUGGACGCGCCUCGUCGACCGCGGCCCCGGCGGAAUGGGCAAGGUCUACAAGGUUAUGGCGAUCCUGCCAGAGAACGACGGACGGAGACGUCCUGUGGGCUUUGGUGGCGAUGUGUAA